GAAAAAGAAAAAAAAAAUUAAAAAGAGCGCGUGGGAUCACCCCCGACUCCUCUGCGAUAUAUUUGUACUGAGACGAACUCGGAAAGAAUUCAAGAAAAUUGCGGAACUUCUCAACUCUUUGAGUUCUUCUUCCAACUCCAAGCUGUGUUCAAUUCCACUGCUAUGAAAUUUCUGAUGGGAUUCUGAAUUUCUUCAUAGUGUUAGUGCCGAAGCUUCAAUCUCUCUUCGCCAUGGUAACUAUUUGCCUUCAAUGUGGCGACGAAGGAUUCUCUAACGCAUUUGUUUACUGCGUUAAAUGUCUGAAUUUUGCUCUGCAUCGAUAUUGCCUGGAUGAGAUGCCAGAGACUCUUGAUGAAUUUGUCUAUUGGGUUUGUGAUCAUUGUGAAGCUGAGUCCUGUGGGAAUGUAACCACAGCAAAGCCGAAAGCUAAUGUAUCUCAUAGAAAGGGUCCUACAAGUUUGGUGGAGGAACAAGGGAAAGUCGUUGCUAGCAAAGGAAUGGAGGGAGAGAUGGGGCAGCAAAGACUUCAACAUAAUGGUAGGAAGAGAAAGGAUGUAAAUUCUCCGCUGUCCACUGGGAGUAAAGAAUACUCUGGCACGAGAGCUAGGGUGGAGAAUGAUAGAUUUCAUCCAGCUGAGAGUAAUGCAAGGAGAGAACUGAUUAAAUCUAGUGAUGCAGUCGAUAAAAUUCCUCUUAUUGAUAAGUGGAACGAAAAGCAAAUGAAAGGCAACUACUCAGUAGUAAAUUCCCGAAAGGAAGGCGCACAGAAAAGCUUAGAUGUCCCCCAACAAGCCGCAGUUCAUCAGGAGCCACCCAGUACAUCCGUUGAACUUGCUAGACCAUUAAUUGAGCCAGUCUGGAGGUUGAUAGUUAUUUCUUUGCUUGAUCAACCUACUGAUGAAUUUAUAAUUGGAGUUUUGACUAUUAUAUCUACUUUUGUUGCAGGGGGGGAUUUUUUAUACAGAACACUUAUGCUGUCUAUGAUGGAUUGGCAGCUCAUUUGUCAACUAAAGUGGGCUUGAAAGUAUACGAGGAGGCAAAGUUGUUUCCAGCAUCGCUGAAGCUGGAUAUGUACCCAAAAGCUGAUGUUUGGCCAAAGAGUUUUCAGAAAUCACAGCCGUCUGAUGGCAGCAUUGCACUAUACUUCUUUGCAACAGAAAAAAGGUCUGGAUCUGAAAAGCUCUUUGAUCAUCUGGUGAGGGAUAUGAUGCGUAGAGAACUUGCUCUAAAAGCAAUUGUGGAAAAUGCAGAGCUUUUGAUUUUCACCUCUAAUGAACUGCCAAGCAAUUAUUGGAGUAAGUUGUCUCUUUCAUUUGGUUAAAAGCAUUACUUCAGUCCUUUCUGUAUUCAGAAUUUUGAGAUCCCAAACACUGUGUUUGACAGGAUUUCGGGGCAAUUACUAUCUGUGGGGUGUUUUUAGGGCAAAGCAAAGUUUAUCCUCAUGAGCAGUAGUGGUUGGCUUCAUAGUGGGAUUACAAAGCCUAGAUAUAUGAGACAGGAUUUUAGAAUAGGGAGUGUUUUUCGCACUGUGACAUCAUUGUAGUAGAAUUCUGACUUAGCUACAUUGCUAACAAAUACCCGGACACUCCAGCGCCUUGGAAUGACCUGCUAUCAGUGCAGAUGGCUGCUGUAUGAUAGUGUGUACACAUUAGACAAAUUAGACUGAGUAUGCUUCACUUGUUGGAAAGGCAAUUUUGUGGGGUUCUUUAGUUAGAGCCGAAUCCAGAUGGACACUCUUUCCAUGUCUGUUGUUUGUAUAAAAUUUUCUUUUGAACAACAGAGAGAAAAGAAAUGUGCAGCGUUCAUAUAUGAGUUC